GGCAUUUUCGUUAAACACCUCGAAUUUCCCAAACCGCCCCUUACCAGUCGAAGAAGAAACCGAGCUUCACCUUCUGUAACUCUCUCUCUCUCUGCCUCUCUCUCCUCAGUGUGCGAGCUUUUGAUUCGAGGGUUCUGCUUCACCUGUUUGCACGUUGAUUCUUCUUAUCAUCCAUAAUGAUUGGUGUUCUAAGUGGCUGCUACAUUGUGUGUUCUCAAUGAUUAUGGAGAUGUUCAGGGAAUGAUGUUCUUUUAAUCCAUUGAAGGAAUGUGCUGCUACCCUGUAGUUUGAUUUUAGUUUGGGACAUUUAGUAUAGCAUGGACUAAGAUGAAAGGGCAUAUUUUCAUGUAAAAGAGGAGUUGGUUGGCUUGGACUUUCUUCUUACCAGACUUCUGUUGAUUGACGUCUUGACUUUAUUGGCUCAUGAGUCAUGAUAACAUAUUCUUAAGUAGCUGUUUUCAUGGUUACUGUUCCGAGAAUUAAGGAAUAUUUAUGUAUUGUUCUUCUCAAAUUUAAUCGUAGGAAGUGAAAUAGAAUACUGCACAUCUAGAAAAUGGAUGUGCUAGUUUCACCAAAAGGACAGAAGCAAACUCUACAGACCUCGUUCCGCAAGUCUUCUUCAAUGAGUUCCCAGAAAGAUCUGUGGCUUGUUGUUCGUGAAGGGUCCUUCACAGAUGUGGAUUCAGCAUUGGCACUGCUGAAGAGGAAUGGGGGAAACAUCGAUGCAAGAAACCCAUUUGGUCUCACGCCUCUUCAUAUCGCAAUCUGGAGAAAUCAUAUUCCCAUUGUAAGGCGGCUUCUUGCAGCUGGUGCUGAUCCGGAUGCUAGGGAUGGUGAAUCUGGAUGGAGCAGUCUUCACAGAGCUCUACAUUUUGGUCAUCUUGCAGUGGCGAGUAUCCUUCUCCAGUGUGGUGCCUCUAUUACGUUGGAGGACUCCAAGUGCAGAACACCAGUUGACCUCCUCUCUGGACCUGUAUUGCAGGUUGUGGGAGGUGAACCUAGCUCAGUUGCCACAGAGUUGUUUAGCUGGGGUAGUGGCACAAACUACCAACUUGGAACUGGCAAUGAGCACAUCCAAAAGCUUCCAUGUAAAAUAGAUUCUCUUCAUGGUUCUUUUAUCAAGUUGGUUUCUGCGUCGAAGUUUCAUAGUGUAGCUGUGAGUGCUCGUGGAGAAGUUUAUACCUGGGGAUUUGGAAGGGGAGGCCGGCUUGGGCACCCAGACUUUGAUAUUCACAGUGGUCAAGCCGCAGUUAUCACCCCCCGCCAGGUGAUUUGUGGAUUGGGUUCCCGCCGUGUGAGAGCAAUUGCUGCUGCCAAACAUCACACGGUUAUUGCCACUGAGGGUGGUGAAGUAUUCACCUGGGGAUCUAAUAGAGAGGGUCAGCUUGGUUACGCUUCUGUUGAUACCCAACCCACACCUCACAGAGUUAGUUCUCUGAGGUCUAGAAUUAUUGACGUUGCUGCAGCAAACAAACACACUGCUGUGGUCUCUGAGUCUGGUGAAGUUUUUACGUGGGGCUCCAAUAGGGAAGGCCAACUCGGUUAUGGCACCUCCAACUCAGCUUCUAAUUACACUCCUAGAGUGGUUGAAUACUUGAAGGGGAAGGUCUUCGUACGAGUUGCUGCAGCCAAAUUUCACACAAUAUGUUUAGGGGUUGAUGGAGAGGUUUACACUUGGGGCCAUAGGCUUGUUACUCCUAGGCGUGUUGUAAUUGCCAGAAAUCUGAAGAAAAGUGGGAACACCCCAUUAAAGUUUCAUAGAGGGAAACGGCUUCAUGUGGUUAACAUUGCUGCCGGGAUGGUUCAUAGCAUGGCUCUCACUGAUGAUGGUGCAGUAUUCUACUGGGUUUCCUCAGAUGCUGAUCUUAGAUGCCAACAGUUAUAUUCACUUUGUGGAAGAGAUGUUGUCAGCAUUUCGGCAGGAAAGUACUGGAUUGCUGCAGUUACAUCUAUCGGUGACGUAUUCAUGUGGGAUGCAAAGAAUGGCAAGGAUAAGCUCCCUGUUGCAACACGUUUGUAUGGGAUAAAGAGGGCUACAUCGGUGUCAGUUGGUGAAACACAUUUAUUGAUUGUUGGUUCUGUAUUUCAUCCUGUAUAUCUUUACAAUGUGAACAAUAUUUCAAAGAGCCACAUCUUCAAUGGCAUGAAUGAACUAGAUGAGCUUAAUGAAGAUUUGAUAUUUAAUGAUAUUGACUCUACUACUGAGUCGUCUACCUCCCCGAAGGUUGCUACUGAACUGCGUUGUGUACCUAGCCUAAAAAGUCUAUGUGAAAAAGUUGCUGCAGAGUGUUUAGUGGAACCACGAAAUGCUAUCCAACUACUUGAAAUUGCAGACUCACUCGAGGCUGAUCAUUUAAGAAAGCACUGUGAGGAGAUAGCUAUUCGGAACCUUGAUUAUAUUUUAACAGUGGCAUCACAAGCUAUUGCGAAUGCUUCACCAGAUAUUAUGGCUAAGCUUGAGAAGUUGUUGGACUUAAGGUCAUGUGAGCCAUGGAGCUACCGUCGACUCCCUACCCCAACCGCUACUUUGCCUGUCAUUAUUAACAGUGAAGAGGAGGAUAGUGAAACUGAGAUUUUAAGGUCUCGUGAUAAUCAUAUGAUGAAUAGCAUGAAAAAUGAAAUGGAGCAAAGAUCAGACUCUUUUUUCCACAAAGAUAACCAGAAUGAAGCCAUCUCCAAACAAAUUCGUGCUUUACGGAAAAAGUUGCAGCAAAUAGAAAUGCUUGAAUUGAAACAGUCGUGUGGAUAUCUCCUCGACGAACAGCAAAUUGCAAAGCUCCAAACAAAGGCUGCCCUUGAAAGUUCACUUCUGGAACUUGGUAUUCCAGUGGAUACCCUGCAGGCUAAACCAUCUUUAGUAUCUUCAGAUGAAAAAGGAACUAAGAACACUGUGCUACCCAAAAAACAUAGGAGGAGGAGCAAAUGCAAAUUAGAACCUUUGGAAACUUCGGCUGGUAUUACCAAAUCUGAUGUAGAACCGGAUCGUAUGGAAGAGUUCCAUGAUGUUGAAAUUCCUUCAGUUGCCAAGAAUAAGGGGGACAACACCAUUUUUGAAGAAACAAUCAACAAUAGUACUCUUGAGUCGUCCACUUGUAUUUCAAAGAAAAUAGAUUCAAGCUUGUUAAAAGAUACAGACUUGAAGAAUAAAAAUUCAUCUCCAACAGCUACGAAGAAGAAGAAGAAUAAGAAGGGUGGGCUUUCACUGUUCUUGAGUGGUGCUCUUGAUGAUACACCCAAAGAUGUACCUGCACCAUCACCAGCGGCUAAAAUAGAAGGUCCUGCCUGGGGUGGGGCAAAGGUUGCCAAAGGAUCCACAACACUACGGGAAAUUCAGGACGAGCAGCGUAAAACCUUGGGCAGGAAAAUGAAUGAGAGUAAGGAUCAGGCUGAUCUUGUUGAUUGUAGAAGUGAGGGGAAAAUCCGAUUAGUGUCAUUUUUGUCUUCCAAGCCAAUACCUGUAGUCCCAACUCAAACUUUUCAAGUUUCUGAUGGGGAAAGAAACACGCCUCCUUGGACUGCAUCUGGAACUCCGCCCCCUUCUCGGCCAUCUCUUAGGGACAUCCAGAUGCAGCAGAAAGGAAAACAACAGGUACUAUCAAACAGUCCAAAGAUGAGAACAGCUGGCUUUUCUAUUGCUUCUGGUCAGGGCUCUCCAUCAGAUUCCAGCGGCGGAGUAAAUCGUUGGUUCAAACCAGAAGUUGACACACCAUCUUCAAUUCGUUCAAUUCAAAUAGAGGAGAAGGCCAUAAAGGACCUGAAGCGUUUCUACAGCAAUGUUAAGAUUGUGAAGAACCCAUCUUGAAAUUGCUAUUUAGAUUGGGUUAGUCAGGUAGCAAUUUAGGUUCUUGGUUCUCCCUUUCAAUUCACUGCUGUAAAUGUAACUGUACAAAUGAGCUCACUGUACAUCCUUAGUCCUAACUCAACUCCCUUUGAUUCUAAAGUAGUUGACAAUGUGGAUCCUUGUCCUGAUGGCGUAAUUUGCAGUCAUCAUGGAGUCGCCCCAUGAAUUUGGAUUCAGUCAAUUGAAAUAAAAGGGGGAAACAGAAACAGUAUUCAUGGGAUUCAUUUUGUUCUUUAACUAAAAAAGAAUAAUGGGAAGGAAUACUGUAGCAUACUUUGUAUUAUUAUCAUUUUUUUUUUCUGUUCUCAA